UUUUCCUUUGCUCAGUGGUAGGCUUGAUUUUUCCAUUUGGUUGCGGCGUGAAUAUGUCCUUGUUCCAAUCAAGAGCAAUGAAGGUGAUCUUGAAAUGAUUGUCUUCGUAAAAGUGGUCUUCUUCCUAACUUUUGUCAAGGGUUUGUUUUUCCGGCAGGCGGCUUGCGUCGUUUCUUGUCCGGUGAAUGAUUUGGAGCGUGAGUGGGCGGGCAAUUGUUAUCACGUUCUGCCUAUCCAUGAUCUGCUUCUCUAUGGACUAUGGUUGAUGUUUCUGGAUGUAUUACUAUGGAUCGAAUCUGGAGGUUUGUGAUUGAUACUUUCGAUUGGAAAAUUGUCUGGCAAUUUCUAAAUCGAGUUCUGAGAAUGGGAGAAGAUAGAUUGUCAGACCGCCCAGCUCCUGAACCGCCGCCCUGGAACGACCGAGGUGAUAGGGUUUGAAAGAUAAUACUUCAAAAAUACUGGUAGGAAAAAUCUUGGAGUAUUUGUCAUCUGUUUUAUUUUUAUGGUCUUACUUUCACGCUAAGUUUGUUUAUGUUGCUCUAUUUUUUGUUGAUGUAUUUAGUUUUAUGUCUACAAUAAGGAAUGACAAUUCUGCUAGAUAUUAUGUCAUUAGAAGGAUCCAUAUGGUCAGUGAUUGUUGUGUCAAACCUGUUUGGUGGUUAACGAUUUGUAUUGCUCUUUCAGGGGUGAUUGUCUCUGAUCUGAGUUUAGCUGUAGGGUUGAUAUUGCUAAUUGUUAGGGAUAGUUGUUGUCAGGGUUGGUCUUUGUGAGUUUGUUGUAAAGAUCUGAAUCUUAACGAUAUUAAUAUAAGCGGUUUGUUUUAAGGAUAAAA